AUGCCCGCCGCCGCCGCUGCCGCCGUCGGUCCUCAUAGCAGCCUGAAAAGGAACGUACCUGGGGAUUACAAGCAUAUCACCGAGGGAUCGGGAGCGCUAGAGGAAGGGGGAACAGGCGAGGGAGAGGACUUGGAGAGGACAAGAGCAGGGGAGGAGAACGGGAAGGGCACAACACCAAGCUUACACAGUCCACUAAGCGGGACUGUGUUUCUCCGUCUGCAGCCUGUUGCAUUCACGCGUGAAAUCCCUGCUUCCCCCGCUGAAUUCACUUGA